GCUUUUUGCAUUGGCCUUGAUAGAUCGACCGAGGCAACUGCAGCCAGUGCAGGUACAUCAGAUAGCUCGUUUGACCUGCUGCCCCGCGCCUGAUAAGACAAUGACUCGUGACUACGCGCCUCAACGUCCGGCGACCUAAAACCUCCAGCAAACUUCUCCAUCCUUUGUUUAUCUCCUUUUCUCACCUUACUUUGUUGCCACGUGCUUAUCUUCUUCUUGCGACUCCUCUUGCCCCUCUUCGCGCCUUCUCCCGGCUAAUAUGGCCGACCAAGGCGAUCGUGUCUUCUGCCAUGCUUGUGGCGGAGUUUGGCUGCUUGACACCGGAGAAGACGGACAUGAUAACAGCCAGACGUGUCCACACUGCGAAUCCGAUUUCACGGAGAUUAUUGAAAUCCCCCCCGAUAGCCCUCAGCCUGAACCCGCAGCCGAGCCUCAUUUGCCCUCAGUAAAUCCGUGGGCGGAUCAUAAUCCGUGGGCUCAACAAGAAUCAACACGACCGCAGACAUCCGGCUGGAUGGAGUCCGGAUCCCCUGGCUACUCCCACCGUUCGUAUCGGUCCCCCGAUGGCCGGUUCACGUUUAGUAGCACCACGAUUGGUGGCGGGUACUCAUCGCGCCAAGAUGCUCAGCCAAACCCGAUGCUCCCGUUCAUGGUGCAGAGUCUAGAUACGUUGUUUCAAGGACUGGCGGGGACGCAUGAUGGCCAUCAGACACAGCGGGGCCCAGGGAUGAAUGUUCACCCCUACCCUCAUGCAGCGGGCAUGCGAGAGCCGGAUGUCAUGCAUGAUCCAUUCCAAGCCGAGGACGAGCAUGCCAGACGCCACGAAGGACUAUAUCCCCACGACACGAACGGUCCGCAGGAUAUGACAGCUCCUUUGCAGACCUUGGCCGACCUUCUUGAAGCUUUCCAAGGAAUCAGCGGAGCUCAGAGAGGCACCGCCAGAAACCCCGCCGAGAACCCGUUUGCUAUGCUUUCGGCUCUCAUGAGAAAUAACGAUGCCGUGUAUUCUCAGGAAGAGCUCGAUCGGGUCAUAUCGCAACUAAUUGAUCACACCCAGCAAGGCACGGCUCCACCGCCGGCAUCAGAUACUGCUAUCCAGUCACUUCCCAAGAAGAAAAUGACUCCGCAGAUGAUGGGAUCGGACGGCAAGGCGGAGUGCUCGAUUUGCAUGGAUCCCGUGGAACUCGACACCGAGGUGACAGUGCUGCCCUGCACCCACUGGUUCCAUUUCGACUGCAUCAAGGCGUGGCUGAGCCAGCACAACACCUGUCCGCACUGCCGACGAAGCAUCGAUUUGCCUGGCGUCACAAGCACAAAUACCGGGGCUGGCACCAGCGAGAACCCGGUCGUGAUCCCUGACAGCCCGCCCGCCUCGCCUCAGAGACAACGCCGCCGCUCAUCCCCAUUCACUUCUCGCAGCAUCCGCAGCGCUCGAUCUUCCAUAUCGAGAUCAAGCCACAACUCAACUUCCCCAGAGAUGGGAGGUGAGUCUGGCACUCGGCGGGGAAGUCGAAGCGAAAGCUCGCGGGGAGGAAUAACAGGUUGGGUCUGGAGUCGAUUUGGUGGUGGUGGUGGUGCCAGCAGCUGAACUAAUAAAAUAUUAUGAAGAGUACGAUAUGUAGCGUUUCGAGACUGUUUUUUCUUCUUUGGGACACUGGUAUCCGGGGCUUCUUUCGGUGACAUGGGGUUUCCUUAUCUUGUUUUUGUUCCGGCUCACAUUUCAUACCCCUUGUUUUUUCUAGCCAUCUACAUCUUCACCUACCUGGGCGGGUUCUUUUUGUGUCAUGGCUGGUCCUUCACAUUUUUCUUUCUACAUGUGUACAUAUUCCCUUGUUUUUAUCUUACUGAGACCCCUUCACUAGUUAUGGAUUGGUAAAGAUGAGAGCCACUUACUCAGCC